AUGGAGGCCUUGUUUGAUCAAGUCACGGCGCAUCCUUAUUAUUCCUUCGUGGCCGCUCUCGUGACCAUAACAUGCCUGAGAUAUGUCAUCAAUCUACGACGUGCUGUGGUAUCCCCCCUGAGUAGUAUACCCGGCCCGUGGUAUGCCCCUCUGACAUCAUUGCAUCUCACUUGCGCCUUUGCAACCGGGGAAAUAUGGAAAACCGUCCAAGCAGCCCAUAUGGAUUAUGGGCCUAUUGUUCGGCUUGGUCCGCGUCAGGUCUGGAUAGCGGAUAAGGAUGCAAUACAAAAGAUUUUGAUGACGGUUGAUCUCCCCAAAGUCGCUAUGUAUGCCGAGAUAUCCAGGGACCGGGCCAGCCCGGGGCUGUUUGGUGAGAUACGACAGGACCCUCACAAGCGCCUGAAGCGAUUUCUGUCCCCGGCCUUCACAAUCUCGUACAUUGACAACCUCGAAUUUCUAUUCGCCAAGUGCAUCGAGGAAUUGAUUUCCAAAUACACGUCUUUGUUAGAUGAACAUCCUGUUGUCGAUGCGCGACCGUCUUGCGUUAUGGAUCUUAUGGACGAUGUCCAUAAGCUGGCAUUGGAUAUCAUGGGAGAGUGUUCUUUCAGUCGGGGUUUCGGACAGACGAAUGCCGGAAGUCAUUUUGAACAGGAUGAGACUGACAUAUGGCAAAGCAUUCCUUCUUCGAUUCACGGGAAUGAGGCGAAGACGGUGUAUAUCAAGCGCUUUCUCCGCAGGCUAGGACUUGACCUCAAGUUCGAUUGGCCCAAAGAGAUGAUCACGGCCAUCCAUUCCAUCAUUCAUCAAAGGAGCACGGUAGAAGCCAGUGUUCGAUCCGACCUCCUUCAGCAUAUGGUGGAGGAAGGCAAACGACCCGACAGUGGCUCCAAGAUGGCCACUCGCGAUAUCGUAGAUCAGAUGGCUGAGAUCCUCCUCGCUGGGUCCGAAACCACAUCCGGCACAAUCGCUUGCAUCUUCCUCGAGCUCCUUCGUCAUCCCCAUCUCAAGGAAAAGCUGAUGACCAGCCUCCCGGUGCUGCAACCAACAGAUCCUAUCAUAUCCAGCAAGACCGUUCGAACCGACGCAACGUACGAAUAUCUGGAGGCGUGCGUCAAGAAGACCCUUCGACUGCAUCCCAUCGCAUCGGAGAUGGGCCGGCGAACAGGGAAGGAGCAGAUCGAACUCUGCGGAUACCUGAUUCCACCACACACGGUCGUGUCAGCUUCCUAUCGAGACCUCCAUCGGAAUCCGGCAUACUGGCCGCAGUCAUUGCGAUUUUGGCCCGAACGUUGGCUGAAGCACAGACCUCCCGAGGUUCCCUCGCCCGACCUGCAUGCGUAUUACCCCUUUUCGGCGGGAAAGCAUUCGUGUAUAGGUAAAAACUUUGCCUGGGCGGAGAUGCGCAUGGUUAUGGCGAACCUCCUGUCCCGGUUCGAUUUCACCGAGGUGCCCGGGCAGGAGAUUGACUAUCGACAAUACAUCACCAUGCAAUUUCAGCAUGGAUCGUGGCAGGUGGUCCUGAAACCCAGGUACUAA